AUGGAUUUUGGUACAUUGUUAAGCGUAGCACAGAAGAAUGAAAACAACAAGCAGCCGAUCGCCUGCUAUCAAACAAAAUUCGCUCCACCCAAAAAGCCAAAUAAGCAGGCCAAAACACUUUCGGAAAAUAUAAAGAAGUUUCUAGCUCGUAAGGAAGAGGAAGAAAGACGAAAAGCCUUAGAAGAAAAGAGAAAAAGAGAGAAUUUAUUAGCACUACGCGAUCAUAAAGCACAAAGUCGGAUAAAUAAACAUUUGAAAGUAUGUAAAGCAGCAAAUAAAUCUGUAUUGGCAGAUGCAGUUGACAAUGAGAACACAGCUGUUACAAUGGCAGGUCCAUCUCAGCCUGAUGAAGAUGAUUAUGGCUACGUAUCACAGGAGGCCUCCGCGUUUUAUAAUCAGUUAAUGAGUAAAUACAACAGUAUGCCAUCGCAAAAAACAACUGCCAAUGAUAGUCGGAAAAGGACAAUAAAGGAUAUCGCAUCUACAAAGGAUAGAGUGAAACAAGCUUUAAAGCAACAGGAGGUAGAAGAAGCUCUAGGACAUCGUCGAAAAAGAAAAUUGUCCACGAAAGAAACAGAAGGUGAAGCGGAAACAAAAACUGAAAGAGAUGAUAACGAAGAUAGAAAAGAGAAAGAUGAAAAACCGAAACCCAAAAAGAGAUCUAUGCCACCACCAAUCGAUUUCAGUGAAUUACUGAAAAUUGCAGAAAAGAAACAACACGAACCGAUUGUUAUUGAAGUAAAGCCAAAAAAUGAAGAACCAGAAAGACUAUUAACAAAGAAGCAAAUGAAAGAAUAUGCGAAAGAGAAGGAGUGGCGAGAACGAAAGGAACAGCGAAGUAAAGCUAACAAUACGACCAAUAAAGAGGCAGUUCCAAAUCCGCCUAUUAAGCCUAAUAAAACACAAGAAUCUUAUGUGAAUGAUACAAACAAAAUUUCUAAAAUACCUGAAAAGCCAACCACAACGUCUUCAAUUUUGAAUAAAACUUUAAAAACGCCAACAGUUGCACAGCCUCAACCUGCCAAAAAACCCAUUGAGAAACCUGUUCCGAAUAAACCUACUGUAAAUAAGCCUAAUGCAUCAAAAUCAGAGAAAGAUUUGAUUUUAGAAGAGCGAAAGAAAUUAGAGAUGGAAAGGAAGAAAUUAGAAGAAAUGAGGCAAGCUAUCGAAGAACAAAAGAGAAAGUUGAAAUUAAGUAAAAGUAAGAUUGAAGAUAUUAAAAACACAAAAUCUGAGAAAACAGUGCCGAAAGUGAAAAUUCCAGAGAAACAAGAUUCAUUGAAAAACAUACAGAAACAAAUUCCAACGACGAGCGUAACGAAAGCUUGUCGUCCACCUCAAAUGGAUGGAAAAAUAAAACAAUUCCCACCGGCUGAUCUUAAAUCCAUUAAGCCUAAGCAACUACCUCCUUUGAAGGAACAUAAAAAACCAAUGGGUGUUAAUAAACGUCGUAUACGAGACGAUGAUGAUGAAGAGGAAUACGACUCGGAACUUGAUGAUUUUAUUGAUGAUGAAGUAGAAGAUGGUACCGAAGAUUAUAGUAAAUAUAUCAGUGAAAUAUUUGGUUACGAUAAAAAUAGAUAUAGAUGCGUGGACCAUGAUGAUGUAGCUAUGGAAAGUAGUUUUGCACAACAGCUUAAAGAAGAAUAUGUAUCUACUAAAAUAGGUAUUAUGGAAGAUUUGGAAGAUAUGCGUAUGGAAGCUUUGGAGAAAAAGCGAAAAGCACUUCUAAAGAAAAAUAUAAAAAAGUGAUUAUAAAACUGUUUAUAAAUUUUUAUUAAAGUCUAUUUAAUAAACUAUUAUAUAACAUCUGAA